ACUUUUUUUGCGACGCAACAUCGGCUCUUCCGGUCCACAUGUAAACGCUACAUCGUGAUUUACAUGUAGAUACAGAUUAGGUUUGACUGUCUGCGAAUUUCUUUGCCAGUAACUCAUCGGCGUGUCAACAUGAAGCUGCUCACUCACAACAUGCUGACGUCCCACGUGAAGGGCGUCAUGAAGGGAUACCCGCUGCUCAUCAAGGCAACUGAGGUGAAGGUGAAUGAGGUGGAGUUCAACCCUCAGUUCGUCAGCCGGAUGAUUCCCAAACUGGAGUGGAACGCUCUGGUCCAAGCUGCAGAGGAGCUGGGUCAUCGCCAAGACCUGCCAGGUGAGCUGGUGUCGGACUACGAGAAAGACGAAGAGUUCCUGAAGAAAGUCCACAGAGCACUAUUAGAGGUGGAGGUGAUCGAGGGCUGUCUGCAGUGUCCCGAGUCAGGACGAGAGUUCCCGAUCUCCAGAGGAAUCCCCAACAUGCUGCUGAACGAAGACGAGGUGUAAACACCAGCUCGACGGUCCUCGUCACUCAACCCCACCCCAAACUGUCACUCAGAUGGGAUUGUGGAGAGAGAAAGAGGUUGGACUCUGGUUUGAGUUGGUGCCAUGAGAACGUUCGCCACACUGUUUGGUUCAUUGUAGUUAUGACAUUUGAAGUGGCUGAUCCUGCCAAUGGAAGGAAGAGAUCUGGAGAGUAACGAAUGGAAAUGUUCCCCGUGAGAAACCCCCAGUGGUUUUAUCUGUAUUUAUUUUUGUAACUGUUCGGGCUUUUUCUUUUUCCUUUUUUCAAUAAAACUGUCGUCAUUUCCAUGACAGUCAAA